AUGCUAGUGCUGGACCAACCAGACAAGGCGACAGAUAGGCGAGAGAGCUCGGAAAAGCCAGGCGGCGAGUCCGGCAGCACUCGAGACUGGCAAAGAAGAAGAGAGUGGUUUAGAUCCGGUUUACUCACCAAAUUCUUCAACGAACGAACGCGAAGAGUGACAACGACGCUGGUGGUUUGCUUGCGUGUGGAGAAGGAAGUCGUUCUUGACGGCGGUGCUGCAGGAUUCUCUGCAGCGCUCGACAGCAGGCAGGCCGCAGCUAAGAGGGCUGACCGAGACAGGCGAGCAACGCACGCCCCGCAGGAUAGUCUGUUCGAGGUGGCCGCUUCUUUUGCAGACGGCGUGUCCAAUGCUUCUACACUGUCAGUGCGCGAUGGGCGUCGCUGGCAAGUUGUUCCGUAG